UCAAUUUCGGGGAUGCGAAAUACAAACGGCAUUCACACGCCGCAUUCUGCAUCUUACCAAGAAUGUCCCGUUCCAGGGCCUCGCAGCCAGUCUCAGCUUCAGGAAGGCAUUAAAUCGCCUUCCGCUCAAGACUCUCGCGAGCAAUGGGGCUCUCCUUUCGCGGAGAACCCCCAGGGGGCACCAAGGCCGAGAGACGUAACCAUUUCCUCACUCCCAAAGAUCAACUUCGAGCUUCGCAUUCGCCAGCGCUUUGCACCCUCUCCAGGCAAGUCUUUGAUAAACCGGCGCCUUCCUUCGCUCGUCAAGCCCCAACUAGGCGCAGUCCCAUAAAUUUCCUACCCAUGGCGUUACGCGCCUCAGGCAAACACGUAGCCGAUAGAUUCGAGCUGCUCUAUCCAGGCGUAUUUCUCGCCCAUCUCGACGUCUCGCUGGCGGACUGGGCGCGCUUUCUCGAAAAUUUGAGUGUCGCAGGGCGCUUAAAUGCACUGCAGAGAGUUGUCAACAACGUCGUCCCCAUCACCAUGCACAUGGGCGCCACCGGGUUCCUCAUCACCCGUGCCAUCGAAGGUGAGAUGAAAACAAGAAAGGUGCGUGCGAUGAUGGAGGCCUUGGAAAUUUGGAUGGUGCAGUUUUUUGCAGCAAGAUGACUGGAUGUGUGAGAAUCACUUGACCUCCCAACUGCCGUCAACAUUAUCUUGACAAAUGCUUCAAAUUCUCUCGACUGGAACAGCUAUCUUGAAGAAAAGGGUUCUCGGCUGACGUCUCGCGCACCGGGUGGUCCAAUCCCACCCCGACAUUCGAGACUCUGUCCGAUCGCAAGGAUGGUCGCAA